AUGACAUGGAGAGAUGCACAGGCAUACUGCAGGCACAACUACACUGAUUUGGUCACUGUCAGAAACGAGCAAGAAAAUGAACGUUUUAUUCAGCACGGCUGGAUCGGAUUAUACCGAGAAGAUGCAGCAAGUCCAUGGAAAUGGUCCCAAGAUGAUGAGAUAGCCACCUUCACCAUGUGGGAACAUGUAACUGAAGCAAAUGCACAGGAAAACUGUGUUUUUAAGAGAAAUGGAAAAUGGGUAGCCAGCAAAUGUGGAUUGGAGCGAUAUUUCACAUGUUAUACUGACCCUUUGGUUCUGGUGAAGGAGAAUAAGACGUGGGAGGAGGCAUUGGAUCACUGCAGGUCUCUGGAUAGAGUCAACACAAAUAAUCCAACCUUUUCAGACUGGAACCACCGCUACGACCUGGUCACGCUGAUCUCUCCAUUUGACCAUACUUAUGCACGAGAGAGAGCACAAGAGGCUACCACUGAUGAGGUGUGGACAGGCCUGUGUAACCUGGCUGGUAAGUGGUUGUGGGUGAGUGGAGAGCAGAUGCAAUAUGAAAAUAUUCCAAGCUGCCCAUCUCACAGCUUUUGUGGCGUCCUUGAGAAGAACGGUACUGCAUCCUUCAGCAUGAGAAACUGCCAGCUGAGAAGGAACUUCUUCUGCUACAAGAAGCCCUAAAUGCACUCAAGGCUACACUUACUUAAGUACUGUACUUCAGUAUAAACGUGAAGCAAUUUUAUUUAAAUUGCACUUAUGUACAUGAAAAUACGCUAUUGCUCAAAAUAUGAAAUGUGGUCAAGAAGGUGAAACAAUGUUUAUAAUAGUUUAUAAUACAAGAACCAGAAUGUAAACUAUGGUUUGAAUAGAUGUUUCAUUGAUUUAAGAUAUUCCAGGACUCUAGUCUACUGGGGAUUAAGAAAUUUGCAACCCGAUGUAUCCCAACCUUUCUAGUUAGUUUCAUUUUACUUUAAAUAAAAGCGUUUAUUUCUUUAAAAAAGAAAAAAAGCAGGGCUUUUUUAAAUUUUUAGCUCAUUCACAAUUUGGUCAUAAAAACAUACUUGUACAAAAAAACAAUAGGGCGUUUUGUUGUUGUUUUCUUUAAGUACAGUCUCAACUUUAUGGAAACCCAUCCAACUAAAACUGGAAAUCACACCAAAAGUAUUCACUCAUGUGAUGCUGUGCAGAGUUUGCAUUCUGUUAUCUGCAUAUGGAAAUGUUAAGGUCACUAAAGGAAAGAAACAGAUAUUUACCAGAUAUAGUCUUGUGUCUGCCAGUAAGGCAUAGCGAUAUUUGAAUAGAUUUGAAUAAGGGGAUUUACAUUCAAAAUGUGUUUGAAUGUUUGUUCUAUAGCAAACCAUAAAGUGAUCAUCAAGUGUUAUACCUGUGCUCAGCACUUUCCACACAUUUAUGUCAAUGUGAACUCAAAUUAAACAGAACUAUUGCUGAAACAUGAUUUCAAAUGGUGUCACUAUAGA